AUGGAUGCCAUCAAACCGUCGCAUACAGCAUUCAUUGCUCUGGGCAGCAACGUCGGUGACCGCGUCGAGAUGAUCGAGAAGGCAUGCCUGGAAAUGGACAGAGCCAAUAUCAAAGUCCGGAGAACGAGUUCGCUGUUCGAGACAGCUCCGAUGUACUAUCUCGACCAGGGACCAUUCAUGAACGGCGUUUGCGAGGUAGAGACAACAUUGGAGCCCCUGGAGCUGCUCGACACCCUGCAAUCGAUUGAAAUUGGGCUGGGCAGGAAUAAACUGGUCGACAAAGGCCCUCGGUCAAUUGAUCUAGAUAUUCUCCUCUACGACCAACAUGUCGUCUCCCAUGAACGCCUCAAUAUCCCUCACAAGCUGAUGUUGGAACGAGACUUUGUUCUCCGGCCCCUCAGCCAACUCAUUCCUCACGAGAUCCCUCCCCUCCCGGGCCACAAAACAAGCUACCUCUCUCACCUCAAGACCCUCCCGCCACCAAACCCACCACCCAUCGCAACAACCUACAUCUCCCCCCAAUUUCCACCCCUCCAUGCAAACAACCCCAGCCGACGGACGCACAUAAUGGCCAUCCUCAACCUCACCCCAGACUCCUUCUCAGACGGCGGCAAACACCCACCAACCAACCCAGAAACCCUAACAGCCACAGUCCGCAACUUCAUCGCCUCCGGCGCCACAAUCAUCGACAUCGGCGGCGAAAGUACCCGCCCAGGCUCAACCCCCGUCGGCGUCGACGAAGAACUCCGCCGCAUCAUCCCGGCCAUCAAACACAUCCGCACCUCCAUCCCCGAAGCCACCAACGUCGCCAUCAGCGUCGACACCUACCGCGCACGCGUAGCCGAGGAGGCCCUCGCCGCAGGCGCGGACAUCAUCAACGAUGUCUCCGCCGGUACGCUCGAUCCGGAAAUGCUCCCCACCGUCGGACGGGCCGGCAAGGCCAUAAUCCUCAUGCAUAUGCGCGGCUCGCCGUCUACGAUGACGAGCUUGACGUCUUACCCUAACGGCGUGGUACCCGAUGUGUCCACGGAACUCAUUGCGCGGGUUGCAGCUGCCGAGGCGGCGGGGAUCCGGCGGUGGCGGAUUAUCCUGGACCCUGGCUUGGGCUUUGCGAAGAACCAGCCUGAGGAUCUUGCUAUUCUUAGGGACUUGGAGACGUUCCGGACUGGUGUGGAGGGGCUGGAGUAUUUCCCCUGGUUGAUGGGGCCUUCGAGGAAGAGGUUCAUUGGGAAGUUGACCGGGGUGGAGAAGGCGAGUGAACGGGGCUGGGGCACUGCCGCCACGGUCACGGCUAGUGUUGCAGGCGGUGCGGAUAUUGUACGCGUGCAUGAUGUUAAGGAGAUGUGGCAAGUUGCUAGAGUUGCGGAUGCGAUAUAUAGGGGUGUUGCAUAG